AUGGGUAUCUUCAGCUUCCUGCAACGAUGGUUACUAUAUCAUCUUACGCUUCCUCUCGAAGAUUUCCGCAACAUACGAUACUUCCGCUUCUGUAUCCCGUGGAUUGUUAAGAUUACGCCCCGGACCACCAGCACAGAAGCCCAUGCUCUCCGCUUCCUGCAUUCGUCUGGUCUUGAGCUUCCCAUACCGCGUCUUAUAACCGCUUUUGUGCAUUCGAGCACUACAUAUACUGUUAUGGCUCGCCUUCCAGGUGAGAGACUGGUUGAUGCAAUGCAACGAGAGACCUUCUCCCGCGAAGACCUGGACAACAUCGUCGCGGAAGUCUGGGCCGUAUUGGUCAAACUGCAGACUUUACGCCAACCUGCUUACCUCGCAGGAAAAGUCAUGCUGAGUGCAUCUGGCCAUGACCUCCCCGAACCGCUCAGCUUCUUCGAAGAGCGCAGCGGGCCCUUCUCCUCGAUACUCGAGCUGUGGCGCUACGCCGGCAGCUUCGGCUCCAUGGCCGAGAUGCGGCAAUAUGUCGCCCAAGACCUACUCGACGCUCUGGAAGCAGACCCAAUUCGCUACGUACAUCCUGACCUGCGGACAUACAACAUCAUCGUGCGCGAUGGGCAUCUGUCUGGUAUCAUUGACUGGGAAGACUCCGGUUGGUAUCCCUCCGCUUGGCAGGUGCAUGCGAUGCGCUAUCGGCGGUUCGGAUGCCUUGGGGAGUGGCAUAAGUACUGGAAGGAGCAGCAUCGGUUUUCUCCGGUCGCUGAAGCCGCUUACGAUGCAUCAGCGACGUUCUUGAUGAAGUCGCCCGUCUAG